AGCUCUGCCAGCCUCACCAAUGAUGGACUGCCUGACAGGACUCUGUUUGACAGACUGACUGAUUGGAACUAACAGGACAAAAAUAUCUGGAUUUUUUUUGAAGAUGGAAUUACCUGGAAAUGAUGAGAGGAGACAUGCUGCUGCUACUGCUGCUGUCCUGCUGAAUUCACAGUGAACCACUUACAUCCAGGCCAGUUGAGCCGGGGACAAGCUAGGACACGACAAGAUGGCUAAAGUCAACGUGGCGCACUCCAUUAAAACGACGCAGCAGUUGCCUGGCUGCACAUCCGACGACGAGCUAUCGGUCAUUGAAAAUGGAGACAACAGAGACCACCUUGCCUGUGAAGGCAACUCUGAGAUGCCUUCACUGUCCCACAGAAGUUCAUUUACAGGGGACGGAGCAAUGGCCAGGCUCUCUUACUUCUUCUUCAUGCUACACAACUGGGCCUCCAACAGAGUAAAACCAGAGGAAGAGAGGCACGACUCUUUCUUGGAGCGCUUUAGAGGCCCCGAGCUCAAAGAAAUGGCCAGUCGAGAGAGCAAUGCUCUGGGUCAGAGUGACUCAGUCCACAAACGGAAUAAGUGGACACUCGCUGCUUUUAACGUGAAUAAUUGCAACAACACAGACAGCAAAAAAGAGGACAAAAAAGACGAGAUUAAAAAAGAGGAGAAGAAAGACAACAAGGAUGAGAAAAAGGAUGAAAAGAAAGAUGAGAAAAAAGACGACAAAAAAGACGACAAAAAGGACGAUAAAAAGGAUGAUAAGAAGGACGAUAAAAAGGAUGAUAAGAAGGACGAUAAAAAGGAUGAUAAGAAGGAUGACAAAAAGAAAGAGGAGCCACCGAAAGAAAUCUGGCUGAUGGAUCCAGCCGCAGACCAGUACUACAGGUGGCUCACCAUCAUUGCUGGACCCGUCUUUUACAACCUGAUGAUGAUCGUGACAAGGGCUUGUUUCAAUGAGCUCCAGGAGAGUUACACCAAACUCUGGAUCAUCUUAGACUACACCUCAGACUUCAUCUACUACACAGACACGUUUGUGAGGUCAAGAACAGGUUACUUGGAGCAAGGCCUGCUGGUGAAGGACGCCCAGAAACUACGAGCCAAAUACAGAACCACGUCUCAAUUCAAAUAUGACAUGAUCUCUAUGAUCCCCACCGACCUCCUGUUUCUGAAGUAUGGCUAUAACAACCCGGAGUUCAGAUUCAACCGCCUGUGCAAAAUCUCCCGGCUGUUUGAGUUCUUUGAGAGGACUGAAACCAGGACCAGCUUCCCCAAUAUAUUUCGCAUCAGUAACCUCGUGCUGUAUAUCUUAGUCAUUAUCCACUGGAACGCUUGCAUGUUCUUUGCCAUCUCUAAAACCAUUGGUUUUGGAAGCGACACCUGGGUGUAUCCCAAUAUCAGCCACCCAGAACACGGGCGCCUCGCCAGGAAGUACAUCUACUCCCUGUACUGGUCCACACUGACCCUCACCACUAUUGGAGAGACCCCUGCCCCGGUCAGGGAUGUGGAAUUCCUAUUUGUCAUCGCAGACUUCCUGACAGGCGUGCUGAUCUUUGCUAGUAUCGUCGGUAACGUCGGUGCCAUGAUCUCCAACAUGAACGCCUCCCGUGCCGAGUUCCAGGCAAAGAUUGACUCUAUUAAGCAAUACAUGCAAUUUCGAAAGGUCACCAAAGACCUGGAAGCCAGGGUCAUCAAAUGGUUCGACUACCUGUGGACUGAGAAGAAGACCUGCGAUGAAAAAGAAGUCCUAAAGAACCUGCCGGACAAGCUCAAGGCCGAGAUCGCCAUCAACGUCCACCUCGAUACGUUAAAGAAAGUUCGAAUCUUCCAGGACUGUGAGGCCGGUCUCCUUAUCGAGCUGGUGCUGAAGCUCCAACCCCAAGUCUUCAGUCCAGGGGACUACAUCUGCAAGAAGGGAGAUAUUGGCAGGGAGAUGUACAUUAUCAAGGAGGGCAAGCUGGCUGUGGUGGCUGAUGAUGGUGUCACUCAGUUCGUGGUUCUCAGUGAUGGCGCCUACUUUGGAGAAAUCAGUAUUCUGGGGAUCAAAGGCAGUAAAGCUGGCAACAGGAGAACAGCCAACAUCCGGAGCGUGGGCUACUCGGAUCUCUUUGCCUUGUCUAAAGACGACCUGAUGGAAGCUCUCACUGAGUACCCAGAGGCCAAGAAGGCCCUGGAGGAGAAGGGCAAGGCCAUUCUGAUGAAAGACAACCUGAUUGAUGAGGCGGUAGCCAACGCUGGUGCUGACCCCAAGGACUUAGAAGAGAAGAUCACCAAACUCCAAAGCAAUCUGCAAGACAUGCAGGGCAAGUUUGCCCAGAUGAUGGCCCAGUUCAUCUCCAGUCAGAGCCAGAUGAAGAAGAGGGUGACCGAGAUGGAGGCCAAAGUGACUGCCAUCAAACCGCAGGACUUGGCUGAGGUGGUGGCGGACAAGGACAAGAAGGUGCAGUGAUUUCUCAGACAUGUGGACUUCAGAGACAUUCAAGAACUUUCCAUUCGACAACCAGCAAGACUUUUUGAAGGCCCAUGUUUUUAUCAAUUUAUACAUCUGUUCAUCAUCUUAACGUGUCAAAAUUGUGUACAGUGUAUACAGGAUGUGUGCUUCAUAUGUAUUUUGUGUUUGCUACGAUCGAAAGCCACAUUCAGGCGAAACAGGUUCAACUGAGUUGUUAAAUCCUUUUCCUUUGGCUUUCACUUUCUAUUUGUAUAUUUACGCAUCAACCUGCACCGUGCACUGUUUAAUACUGUAUACUGGAGAAAGUUUUCCAACACAUACUGUGUCAUUUUGAAUUAACAUUAAA